AUGGAUCCUCGUCGCGCGCAGCCCCAGCGCAGAACGCCCUCUCCAAGCCAUCCUCUGCAUCAAGGCUACCAACUUGACGACCAACCGUACGGUCACCAGCAAUAUGACACGUCGAGCACUUCCGUCGGCCAUCCUCAGCGUUUUGGCACGCCCUCUGACCAACUAAACAUUAAUGCCGCCCAAUCGGUCGACACCCUCGGACAGUAUGACCCGGGCUACCAUGGCAGCCACGUCGGCCAGCAGCGCGGUGAAUACAGCGUUAACCCCGAGGCGCAUCACGACCAGUACUACAACUCGCCUUACGAGCCUGGCCUGCACGAUGGCGGCUACGAUGGCGGAUAUGAUCGCGCCGGAUACAAUCACCAGGGCUAUGAGCAAAAUGACUACUCCGACACUGGAUACCCCGCGCUGCAGCAGCAGCAGCAGGACCAGCGACUUCUGCAAGACGACGCCUCGCAGCAUCAUGUUCCCACGCAACCCUCUCUUCCUGGUGGCCCCGCCAUCAAGAGGUGGAAGACUGUAAAGCAAGUUCUCCUCUAUCGCGGCAACCUCGUCCUCGACUGUCCGGUCCCUCCCAUUCUCCUCCAGCAAAACCCGCACGGUGAGCGCGACGAGUUUACUCACAUGCGCUACUCGGCCGCCACCUGCGACCCCUCUGACUUUUACAAUGAAAACUUUACCCUUCGCCAGAAGCUAUUCACCAAGCCCCGCCACACCGAGCUCUUCAUCGUCGUCACCAUGUACAACGAGGACGAUGUCCUCUUUACGCGCACCAUGAUCGGCGUCUUCAAGAACAUUGAGUACAUGUGCAAUCGCCCUAACAGCAAGACCUGGGGCAAGGAGGCCUGGAAAAAGAUUGUCGUUUGCGUCGUCUCUGACGGUCGAGCUAAGAUCAACGAGCGAACCAAGGCAGUUCUCUCCGGUCUCGGUGUGUACCAAGAGGGUAUCGCCAAGCAGCAGGUCAACGGCAAAGACGUCACUGCGCACAUUUACGAGUACACUACCCAAACGCACCUCACCCUCAAGAAUAACGUUGUCGGCCUUGUUCACCGCCGCCAGCCCGUACAGAUGCUCUUUUGCUUAAAGGAAAAGAACCAGAAAAAGAUCAAUUCGCAUCGCUGGUUCUUCCAAGCCUUUGGUCGUGUCCUCGAUCCCAACAUUUGCGUCCUCCUUGACGCCGGUACGCGCCCCGGCCACAACUCCAUCUACCACCUCUGGAAGGCCUUUGAUCUCGAGCCCAUGUGCGGCGGUGCCUGUGGCGAAAUCAAGGCCAUGUUGGGACGCGGUGGCAAGAACCUGCUUAACCCUCUGGUUGCUACGCAAAAUUUUGAAUACAAGAUGAGUAACAUUCUCGAUAAGCCGCUCGAGUCCGCCUUUGGCUUCAUCUCUGUCCUGCCUGGUGCAUUUUCCGCGUACCGCUACGUCGCCCUUCAAAACGAUAAAAACGGCCAGGGACCCCUCGAAAAGUACUUUCUUGGCGAGACUCUCCACGGCGGUAGCAGCGCCGGACUGUUCGAGUCCAACAUGUAUCUCGCCGAGGAUCGUAUUCUCUGCUUCGAGCUCGUCACCAAGCGCAAAUGUCACUGGAUCCUGCAGUACGUCAAAUCGGCAACUGGCGAGACCGAUGUGCCUGAUACCGUCACCGAACUGGUCUUGCAGCGUCGUCGCUGGCUGAACGGUUCCUUCUUUGCCGCUAUUUAUGCCAUUGCGCACUUUUACGAAUUCUUCCGCUCCGAUCACUCCAUGCUGCGUAAGAUGGGCUUCUUCAUCGAGUUCGUCUUCAACACCGUCAACAUGAUCUUUGCGUGGUUUGCCAUCGGAAACUUCUUUUUGGUCUUUAGAAUUCUCACGUCUAGCCUGAGUGCCAAAGACUUGCUCGGUAGGACCGGCCAAAUUCUCAGCAUCAUCUUUACCUGGUUAUACGGCGUGUCACUCAUGACCUGCUUCGUCUUGUCCAUGGGCAACCGUCCUGCUGGCUCCGGGAAGCUGUACGCACUAAUGGUCUGGUUCUGGGCCAUCCUCAUGAUUUAUCUUAUGUUCGCCGCCAUAUUCAUCUCCGUCCAUGCCAUUAUUACCGAUCUGAACCAGCACAAUUUUUCUAUCGACCAGCUUUUUACGAAUCAAGUAUUUGCCACACUCAUCGUCUCCGUCAUGUCCACCUUUGGCAUUUGGCUCAUUGCCUCGCUCAUCAUGUUUGACCCGUGGCACAUGUUCACCUCGUUUCUUCAGUACAUGCUCCUCACGCCCACCUACACCAACGUUCUCAACGUCUAUGCCUUUUGCAACACGCACGAUGUCUCAUGGGGCACCAAGGGUGACGACAAGGUCGAGAAGCUACCCUCGGUCAAUACAAAGGACGGCACAGGCAAGACAGACCUGCCCGACGAGGGCGAUCUCAAUGCCCAGUACCAGCGCGAGCUCCAAGUAUUUGCCACCAAGUUCAAAGAAGUCAAGAAACCGCCGACAGCCGCCCAGUUGCAGGAGAAGCAGAUGGACUAUUACCGCGGCGUCCGCACCGGCGUCGUUCUCGUCUGGAUGCUCACCAAUUUUGCCGUCGUGGCCGUCGUCCUCAGCUCCGCCGGCCUCGAGGACGUCACGCCCGAUACCACACAGGCGGAACAGCGCACCAAGCGUACCACCAUUUACAUGGCUGUCGUGCUGUGGAGUGUCGCCGUGCUGAGCGCGUUCAAAUUCUUGGGCGCCAUGUGGUUCCUCAUUGUCAGAAUGUUCCGUGGCGUCUAA